AUGAACCCCUCACCGAAGGCCGCAGCGCCGCUGCUCUCCUCGGCGGGGAUGAAGCCUCGCGCCUGCUCCGAGGGCGAGUCCAAUCUAAACACCUCAACUGCGUCCAUACAGCUGCUCCCCAACCAGUCACUGGGAAUUUUGUGGAACCAUAUCUUCCCCUCCCUUAUCGCGCCCUUCUUGUGCCCACGCGAUGUGGCGCAGAUGGCACUCGUGUCCCGCACUUUGUAUCGCGCUACCGAGAGAACGCAGACGUGGAAAUCUAUGGCAGCAGUGUUGUUCGACAUAAACGCCGACGCCGCCAAGAAACUGGAGGAACUUUACUGGGAGCUCUACCGUGAGGCGGAAGGAUCACAUGAGGCUUGCGGUCGCACAGGCAGCCCAUCGUGCGAAAGCAAUGUGCAGGCACUGAGUGUGCGCAAGAGGGAGUCCUUUUCUAGGCGUUUAUCAGUGGACGAGGAUGUAUGGAUGCUUGACAGUGAAUCGACAUGCAUGACGUCUUACUCUUCUCUGCACGGUGGCACCUGCAGAGUUGAACAGCCUUUGGACCUCAAUGAGAGUUUAUUGAUGAAUGCAGGCGAAGUGGGGGAAGAGGGAGGGGAAACGCAGCAGGAGCAACAAGACGGAAUCCUAGUGUCAAUGAAAGAUCGUGUGGAUGUGCGCCUGUUGUACUCCCCUGUUUUGGAAAGUGAUGGUGGUGAGCUGCAGAUGGAGGCUGUCGACGUCACCAUCAACGAUGAGAGCAGUACCUCUGGCUGCGUCAAGGACGAAGAGACAGUUACAGCAGUCGUGCAGGACACGGAAUGCCCGGACGAAGCGGACUGGCCGUACAAUCUACCCAGUGAAGUCCACGUGUUCGCUCCAGAGCAGCAGUGCAGCGGCAGUAGCCCGUUGCCUUUGACACGACAGGACUUCUUGGAUGUCAAUACUUCACUGGUGCGGGAGGCACUGGAGUGCUGGACCGCCGUGAAGAGUGAGACUCUCCCGGUGGGACGUGGCUGCACAGUAGAGUGCGAGCAGCUCCUUGUGUGUGCGGCAACGAUGACCCGCACGGCACAGCAGUGCCACAUACCCUUUCCUUGGAGGGCGUACUGCAAGAUACUGUACGAGCGGUGCGUGAGCCCAUUCCUGGGCUUCCUUAAAACCGCGCAAAUUGAAGCCAAGCGUGCAGAGGGACUUGGUGAUCUGCAUGCAGCCGUGGAACGCUUAUGUUUUGUUGUUAACACAAUCUGCCAGGGUGACUGCUCGGUCGGUGGCCGCGGUGCUAGGGAGGUGGUGCGCAGCGAGCUAUGCCGCACACUGCGCUUACGCGCCCGCCUGUACCUCCGUCUGAGUGAGGCGGAGGCUGCACACAACGACCUGUGCCUGGCAGAGUUGCUUGAUGAUUGCCACGACGAUGAGGUGGCUAACCACACGGCAAUGAUGCCCUCUGAUCCAGAUGGAAAAUCGGUGGAAAUCGAAGGAGGUCUUAACGUUUUUCCGCCAUGUCUGGAGUCAGAGUACACACGCGUGGCGGUACACAAGGAUAUACUCCACCGUGCUGCUUUUCUCCAGCGUUGGCUGCGGCAACACGGACCUUCGGCACUCCUGUACCUGCUACAAUACAUGAUCUGCGAUGAACUCAGGCUUGGAGCUCCACACCUGCUGCAGCGAGCAGCGGAGUGCGCAACGACGUACGAGCGUCUGGUGGUUCAGGCUUGGAGGUCCUACGACCGGGAACUGUCUGAGGCUGCAGUGAGCGACGCGGAGCUUGGUGUCUCGAUGCUGCCGCCGUCCUUCCGCGCAUGGGCCGACAAGGAGUCGGCCGCGCUUUGUCGGCUGCUCGCGCGGGCAACCGAAGAGGAAAUUCUGCGCUUUAUUGAGGCCAAACCCUCAGGGCAGCACACUGAUUUCCUUCCAUCCAGUGCUGCCUUUGCUUACUUCUUUCUCGGUGUCAUGGGACAGACCAUCGCCGGUGUGGCGAUGGAUGCCUUGACAAAGUUUGUGGUUCUGAGUCCCUCCAAUUAUCACCGGGCCGUAGCGCUCCUUUUGGUGGCACAGGAGUACGUCGAAAAGGGUGACACGCAACGCUGCAUGUGCCUCCUGCAGGUGGCACUUAAGUUAAACCCCACAUACUACCCCGCGUACAGUUUACUUGCGCAGCAGCAGGUGCUCCAUGGUGACAUGUCUGGCGCAUACACGACGCUCAGCAUGGCCAUUCAGCAUUGCCACCCUAUUCCAGCGGAAGCGUUUGUGAGGCGGAGCAGGUGCUCCCUUCGUGAUCCACUGGAUGACGUUAAUGCGGCGACAGACCUCCACCCGCGACUCUCAUACCCGUACAGAAUACGCGCAGCCAUGUUGAUGGAUAAAGGCGACAGCGAAGCCGCCAUCGCGGAGAUCAGCCGCAUUAUUGCGCUGACGUCAGACCCCAAUGAUGUGAUGCUGCGCUUGACGUUCUACCUGGACUCGGGCUGCCGGGAAGGAGCCCUUGAUGAUCUUGCGCUCCUUGUUUUGCUUGCGCCUCAACAGGAAUGCUAUCGCGACUGGUUUCUCCGAUCCACCGCGUUUUUUGCGUGGGGAAAUGAGGGUUGCAGUAUUGCCACCGUUAAGCCAGGACUCGGCAGCACGCGCAGAAGCCGUACGCGAUUCUCAGCGCUCCUUCUGGCCCUUGGCCUGCGCCCAGAUGAUGCUUAG